GUGUAUAGACAGACAAAAAUACGCGGAGACCGUUUUCACAUCGUGCCUUGGCUGUCUUGGAAUGGGGUUUGCAGGCUCCAUCUACGCUUUCAACGCCUACCAAUUGGCUGUAAAGCAGACCUUUGAUUUGCAACAAUCGCAAGUGGACUUGGUGGCGUCCAUGGGUAACAUAGGGAUAUCAGUCGGAUUUCCGGCUGGUUACUGUGCGGAGCGAUUUGGCGGACGUGUGGCCUCGUUCGUAGCUCUUAUUCUCACAGUUGGGUCCUUCACCUUGAUAUGGUCGACCACUCAUAUGGUUGCAUUCUAUGUCCAUUCUUAUUGGCUACUUUAUAUUUACUUUCUUUUAGCUGGAUUUGGCGCAAUAUUCUCAUACAUGGCCGCUAUGAUUACGAACAUCAACAAUUUCUCGAAAAAGCACCGAGGAACCGUCAUAGGGAUUCUAGACGCCUCAUUUAGUGGUGGACCUGCUGCCGUUUCUGCGAUUUACGGAGCUUUCUUCAUGAACGGGCACACACACGGCGACGAAGACAAACAAGAUUUACCGGGUUUUUUUCUUUUCUCAGCCAUAGGAUUUGGCGUGGCUAGCAUUUUGGGCGUCCUGACACUAGGGAAUUUUCCACCGGAAACGGAAAUUGGGGGAGAGGAUCACAUGCGUAGUGGAUUUAAAGAUGGAGGAGGAAAGGAAGAUGAUCGUUGUGGACUUAUAGAUGGAGAAGGAAAAGGAGAUGAUAAAAGUUUGAGUUGGCAACUGAAGCGACCAGAAACUGCAGAUGAUGAACCGGAAUCGAAACUGAGCCUGAAAGCGGAAGCGAAAAGUACCGAGCCAGAAACGGUAGACAAGACGGGACUUGCACUUCUACGGGAUUGGGAUUUUCAUUAUUUAUUCUGGAAUUUCAUAUUUUGUGCCGGCCUGCAGCUUAUGGUGCAGGCGAACCUUACCAGUUAUUUACAGUCGUUCCAUUUUGAAAAAUUCAGCACUAUCAUCACAACCCUUAGUUUUGCCAUUGGGACCGUCUCAAAAUUCAUCAUCGGUUUUGUUACUGAUUUACUAGUUAAUCGGGUCCCGCGUGUCUUAUUUCUUUUAAUAGCAAAUAUAAUGCAGACAGGAAUCUUAAUAAUUAGCAUAUUUUACGCAGAUCAAUUUUAUUGGCUAGUAAUUAUGACACUGGGAGUUGGCCUGGCCAAUGGCACUUUGUACUGCCUCACCCCGACAAUUCUCAGUGAACUAUUUGGGGUGAAAUAUUUCGGUCUCAACUGGGGCUGUAUACUUAUGGGCAAUGGAUUUGGCGGUCUGGGAGCGCAGUAUUUAUUUGGGGCAAUUUACGACUAUUACGGCUACCGCACGGCGGACGGAGAAACAGAGUGUUACGGUCUGCAUUGUUUUCAGUUGAGUUUUGUAUUGGUGGCGGUGCUCAGUGGCUGUGCGUCGCUUUUUAACGCCGCUCUGUUAGAAAGAUCGUGCAGGCGCCGAUCGCAUCGACAUCUUGCAGUUACUAAAUCCAACAGUGAGAAUAUUUCGGCUGAGGGACAUGGACAGAUCCAAUAUACACCAAAAACCACAUGA